UUACCAUUCUUGGGUGAGUGAAGCGAAAAAACACUGCGUCUCAAUGGCCUCCUGUCUUAAAGCUUUUUCUCGGAAGAAAUUCGUCGAUCCAAACACUUUAACAUCGACUCAACUCAACCGUUGUCUGUCGAUUUUUGACCUGACACUUUUGGGAAUUGGAAGCACAUUAGGAGCCGGUAUUUAUGUACUGGCCGGUGAUGUCGCACGUAACGACUCCGGACCCAGCAUUGUAAUUUCAUUUUCGAUCGCCGCUGUUGCGUCCAUUCUUUCCGGCCUGUGCUAUGGCGAGUUUGGAGCGCGGGUUCCUAAAGCUGGCUCGGCGUACGUUUACAGUUACGUAACGAUAGGCGAGUUGUGUGCUUUCAUAAUAGGAUGGAACUUGCUUUUGGAAUAUGUCAUUGGAACAUCAUCAGUCGCCAGAGCAUGGAGCGAAUAUUUUGAUUCGAUCUUUGACGACAGAAUUCAGAACUUUACCCUCUCAAAAAUCGGAAAAAUACACGUCACUGGCCUUGCAGAAUACCCGGACUUACUAUCCGUCCUGGUAAUUCUAAUAUUGACCGGAGUUUUACUCGUCGGUAUAAAGAAAACCUCCUUGUUCAACACCUUGUUCACUGGAAUCAAUUUAUUCAUCAUCCUAUUUAUCGUGUGCGUUGGUUUGUAUUAUGCCGAGGGUAAGAACUGGACAGAUGACUUUGUUCCUUAUGGAGGGUCCGGGGUCCUUGCCGGAGCUGCGACCUGCUUCUAUGCGUUCGUUGGUUUUGACGUGAUCGCUACAGCCGGGGAGGAAGCGAGGAAUCCUAGCAGAGGAAUACCAAUUUCUAUCGUCUUAGCCCUGACGUUUUGUUUUCUGGCGUAUUUCGGUGUGUCUGCCAUACUAACCCUUAUGUGGCCCUACAAAAAUCUACCCGACGGAGGAGCAUUACCGAAGGUGUUCGCACUGAGAGGCGCACCUUGGGCCAAAUAUGUGAUCGCCAUCGGCGCCCUCUGUGGACUGACGUCAUCUCUACUCGGGGCACUGAUACCAAUACCUAGAAUGCUGUAUUCUAUGGCGAGCGACGGGGUAAUUUUCAAAUUUUUGGCUAAAGUGAACCCAAGGACAGAGGUACCAGUGGUCGCAACGAUAAUAUCUGGAGCGUUCUCUGCACUUUUAGCCCUAAUCUUUGACCUGGAUUCUCUGGUAGAAAUGAUGUCCAUUGGCACACUCUUAGCGUAUACCAUAGUUUCUCUGUGUGUUGUAAUCUUGAGAUACCAGCCAGAAAGUAUUGGACUGACCAAAGAAUCGAGCCAACAAGACGAAAGUUCUCCGCUACUGGGUGGGAGUGGAGUCCAACAAACAACGCAGUGGACCGCUCAGUUAGCACUUUAUGGUAUCAGUGCUGGCACCAUUGCUUCCGCAGGCCUCAGUGCUGUGAUAAUCUUUGGCUCACAUGCCUUGUUACAAGCCAAAUGGUGGGCAGUGAUUAUUUUAGUACUAAUGGGCCUGCUGCAGAUUGGAUCUAUUCUGCUACUCCUUUGGCUGCCCCAGAAUAAGGUGCCCCUAGCGUUUAAGGUCCCCUAUGUUCCCAUAUUACCUCAACUGUCCGUUUUCAUCAACUUAUUUCUCAUUUUGAAGCUCUCUUACUUGACGUGGCUCAGAUUCGCUGUUUGGAUGGUGAUCGGAAUGAGCAUCUAUCUGUUCUAUGGAAUUCGGCACAGCGUGGAGGGUGAAAUACAAAAUAAUGGGAACAGAAAUCGCAACCAUACUAUGCACUGAGGUUCAACUGAAGAGAGCGUGCCUCAGUGACAGAUGACGAAUGAGAGAGUUCUAGAUCUAAAGAUAGACUCCGGGUUAACUUGAAAUUUUUACAGUGUAAAUGUCUUUUAGAUUCUUUACAUGGUUUACUGGAGAAAAAUAUAUAUUAUUUAAGUAUUAGUACAUUUUUUCUCCUUGUUGGUUAACAUCAUCAUUUUUUCGCAUGAUGUCUUAGGUGAUUUUUAGCUUUGAGGAAUUUUUUUCUUUCUUUACUCGAAAAAAGAGUAUUUUAUUGAUUGAAUCUGCGACUUUAAAAACCGUAAAGAGCUUCGCGAAGCGAGCAAGCUGCGAAACACGAUACCUUGAGUUAUUCAACUGAAUGACAAAUGGUAGGACAGUGGAUAGGUGGAAUCGCGGAAUAUCUUAUACCGCGGAAUGACGGAAUAUCCUAAAACGCGGUAUGUCUUUUUAAAGGGAAUAUAAGCCUAAAAAAAUGGAAUUGUAAUAAAAUUGGCAAAAAGAUUAUUUAUGAUGGACAGGCGAAAUUAAAAGAAGCACUGGUAAUCAUUGUUGGAACCCAGGGGAUUGGGGAACCAUCGGUGAGGCUCUCGAGCUAACCCCCUUAAAUUAUUAUUAUAUUGCUGUUGAUAUCAUUAUUACUAAUACUAUAAUUUGUUACCAUUUAAUUAUUGGUUGAAUUUUAAUUAGACGAUAUACUCUCGAAUCAGCUUUUUCUUGUGGAACAAUGUACUCAGAAAUGUGUGGGAUACAAAUAGAAUAUGUGUGGAUAUA